GCGGCGGAGAGGCGGCACUCGAGGGCUCCGCGCGGUGCAGGCGGAGCGGGAGCGGGAGCCAACGCCAGCAGCCGGGCCGGCAGCGGGGCACAUGGCAUGUCUGAUGGCGGCUUUCUCCCUGGGCACCGCUUUGAACGGCAGCAGUUCUGCUUGUACCAUGGCUGAGCCAAAGUCAGUGUGUGUUUCAGUGGAUGAGGUGGUUUCAAACGGCACAGAUAACCAAGACGGACGGCUAAUGAAUGGACAUUUUAAAAAAGUGGACAAUACUCUGACAGAAGCUCAUCGUUUCUCAUACCUACCCCGCAGACCAGCUGUGAAUAUCGAGUUUAAAGAACUGUCAUACUCUGUCCAAGAAGGCCCAUGGUGGAGGAAGAAAGGUUAUAAGACCCUUUUGAAAGGAAUUUCAGGGAAGUUCAGCAGCGGAGAACUUGUGGCAAUUAUGGGUCCUUCAGGAGCUGGGAAGUCAACGCUCAUGAACAUUCUGGCAGGAUACAGAGAGACGGGAAUGAAAGGAGAAAUUCUCAUCAAUGGACAACCUCGUGACCUGCGCUCAUUUCGUAAAGUCUCCUGCUACAUCAUGCAAGAUGACAUGCUUCUUCCUCAUCUGACUGUCCAGGAAGCUAUGAUGGUAUCUGCUCAUCUGAAACUUCAAGAGAAAGAUGAAGGCAGGAGAGAAAUGGUAAAGGAAAUAUUGACAGCCCUCGGAUUGCUGACAUGUGCCAAUACGAGGACUGGGAGUCUUUCUGGAGGCCAGAGAAAGCGUCUCGCCAUUGCUUUGGAGCUGGUGAACAAUCCUCCUGUCAUGUUUUUUGAUGAACCAACCAGUGGCUUGGAUAGUGCAUCAUGUUUUCAGGUUGUCUCUCUGAUGAAGGCUUUAGCCCAAGGUGGCAGGUCCAUUAUCUGUACAAUUCACCAGCCCAGUGCUAAACUCUUCGAGUUGUUUGAUCAGCUUUAUGUUUUAAGUCAAGGUCAAUGCAUUUACCGUGGGAAGGUAUUAAACCUAGUCCCUUACUUGAGAGACUUGGGUUUGAAUUGCCCAACCUACCACAAUCCAGCAGAUUUUGUCAUGGAAGUAGCAUCUGGUGAAUAUGGAGACCAGAACAGCCGGCUGGUAAGGGCAGUACGAGAGAGGAUAUGUGACACAGACUACAAGAGAGAUGUUGGCGGUGAGAAUGAGUUGAAUCCCUUCCUCUGGCAUCGGCCUUCUGAAGAGGAUUCCUCCUCCACAGAAGGCUGCCACAGCUUCUCUGCCAGCUGUCUAACCCAGUUCUGUAUCCUCUUCAAAAGAACUUUUCUCACCAUCAUGAGAGAUUCGGUCCUGACGCACUUGCGUAUCACCUCCCACAUUGGUAUUGGGCUGCUCAUUGGCUUGCUCUACUUAGGCAUUGGCAAUGAAGCUAAGAAAGUCCUCAGCAACUCCGGCUUCCUCUUUUUUUCCAUGUUGUUUCUUAUGUUUGCUGCCCUUAUGCCAACUGUCCUUACGUUUCCUCUUGAGAUGGGAGUAUUUCUUAGAGAACAUCUGAACUACUGGUACAGCCUGAAAGCCUACUAUCUCGCCAAAACCAUGGCUGAUGUCCCUUUUCAGAUCAUGUUUCCUGUGGCUUACUGCAGCAUUGUGUACUGGAUGACUUCACAGCCGUCUGAUGCACUGCGGUUUGUCCUCUUCGCAGCCUUGGGAACAAUGACAUCCCUGGUAGCACAAUCACUGGGUCUUCUCAUAGGUGCAGCCUCCACUUCCCUCCAGGUGGCCACUUUUGUGGGCCCAGUUACUGCCAUCCCGGUGCUUCUGUUCUCUGGGUUUUUUGUCAGCUUUGAUACCAUCCCAACAUACCUCCAGUGGAUGUCCUACAUUUCCUAUGUCAGAUAUGGGUUCGAAGGAGUUAUUCUCUCCAUCUAUGGACUGGAUCGAGAAGAUCUGCAUUGUGACAAAGAUGACACUUGCCAUUUUCAAAAAUCAGAGGCCAUUCUGAGAGAACUGGAUGUAGAAAACGCCAAACUUUACCUGGACUUCAUCGUUCUUGGGAUUUUCUUCUUCUCUCUGCGCCUAAUUGCCUAUUUUGUUCUCAGAUACAAAAUCCGAGCAGAGAGGUAAAGGAAAACCAGCUAAAACAAUGCAGUAGGAAGAUCUUUAGACAUGCAAUAGAGGGCACUUGACAUUGUCUCACUAUGGCAGGCCUGUCUCCAGUGCCCAGCUAGAUGCUGUUAUGACCUAGCCCAUAGAGAACCACAAUGGGAUAGUGGACAAAUAGUGUUAAGCCAAUCAGUCCAGUUGGGUUGGGUCAUGUUUUCAUUACACUUUCUAGCUUUAACUAGGAAGAAGAAAUAGAAGGGAAUUUUACACCACAGAAUAUCAAUACUGAGGCAGUGUAACUGUAAUUAAAAGAAAACAGUCUACAGGAACUUCCCUUGUGAGAACCAGUUUUGUGAUAAGGUCACUAGGAUACUAUUCCUGGUAGCCAAAAGAGUGUAACUGUUUUGUCAUCUAUAGUUGACAAGGUAAUGAGGUGCAAAGUGGGGGAUGCAAGGAAAAUAAGAUUCUCUCAUCUUUUUAAAUUCAAAGUUUCAUUGUUGCUGUUUUCUAUGUAUUAUUUUGCAAUUCUUUACCAUAGAACUACCCCUUCUGGACAAAAGUCUGUAAAUGUAUGAAUUAAUAAGGUAAAGAUAUCUUUUUCAUAUGGAUACUUUUUUAAAACAAGCCUAAAGUGAUUCAAAUCAUUAUUUUUUUGUCUAUCUAAAUUUAGAAUUCUGGUGCUUUACUUGUCGAGCUGGUCUCAUACCUGAAAACUGUAAUGAUAGGAGGAAAAGGCAGAUGCUGAGUCUGCACUAAACCUGUGGUCCAUAUUUGGAAACACCAACAGAGGGCACAGGCAGUCAGACAUGUUCAAACUGUCACUGAGUGAUUGAAAAAAAAUGUUCUUUUGCAGUGUCUUAUAUAUCUUCAGUAUUUAUGGUGGUUAAAAUGCUGACUCUGCUCAUUAUCUGUUUGAUCUACCUCCUGCAAAUGAGAAAAAAUCAAAGCACUCCAAGGCUUAUUUGUUCUUAAGUUGUGAAAGCAGAAUCUGUCCCUAAAGCCUGAUGGGGUUCAAGAACCAGCCACAGCUCAAAGUGUGGGGUAUUGUGUUGAAACACUGUGACUGCCUCAUAGAAUCAUAGAAUGGUAGGGUUGGAAGGGACCUUUAGAGAUCAUCUAGUCCAACCCCCUCCGCCAAAGCAGAUCCACCUAGAUCGUCGCAUAGGAACGUGUCCAGGCAGGUCUCGAAGACUUCCAAGGAAGGAGACUCCGCAGUGUUUAUUAUGUCUACAACACACAAGAUAUUGCUAACACCCUUGUAAUACUGCAGGUAUAAUUAAGCCAAACAAUGUUUUUCUCAUCCCAAAGUCUACAUGCAUGACAUGGGAUUAAAUAGCUACUUGAUCUGAACACCAGUGAAGCCCUUACAUUUCCAUAUCUCACCUUUGUAAAUUUGACAGGGAGGAUUCUGGUUAUGAAUUAACGGGAAUUUUGUCAUUGAUAUUUGUGGGUUUGGAUUUUCAAUCCAAAAUGAAAUGCUAUUGCCCAUACUCAUGUUGGACACUGUGGUGAGCUUCUGUGUGAUUUCCACUACUUUUUGCUGUUCCCAUGCAUUCACCUUCGUGUCACACACCUCCGAGUCAAAGCUACAAAUUCUAGAAAUACAUUGUUCAUAUGUAGAAUCUUGUAGAUUGGAAGCAGCUUGAUGUCAGCAAACUGUUCAGGAGCUCAGCAGCCCAUGUCAGUAGAUGAAGAGAUGCCUUGUGCAUCUGUUGGCCACUGGCAGUCCCAGCUCACAGACUGUUUUUGAAGACUCCAUGGCUAUAUCUGUAUUAGCAAACUAAACAGUGCCAGGACCAGCUCUGUUAGUCCUCAGACAACUGGGGCUAAUGGGAAUGGUUCCCUGUACUGUACUAACUUCUAAACAGAGCUCGAACGUUGUCUGGAGAAACUCUGUCAAUGCUGGGCUGCAGUUCUGCCAUUUAGGAGUGAAGACAGUUGUUUCUGUAUCCUGUGCCCACGCUCUGUUUAAUUUACUAAUACAGACAUAGCCUGAGUGUAUCUGUUAAACUCAGGAAGCUUGGAUUAGGCCUGUGUUCUCGAAGACUUGUUUUAGGAAGUCUUUUUUUAGGAAAGUUAGCUGGACUUUCCUCAAAAAUAAUUCCCAGCCCUCUGUGAAAGCAAGGUCAAUAUUUAGUGUAGAAUUAAAAAGAAAAAAGUUUACGUGACCUCUUCGCAUAAUUUUGUUGCUGUUUUUUAAAAAAAAGCUUUUACACAGCUCUAAAGCUUUUCCAGGCAUAAUCACAAGCAGGUAUGGAUCUGUGUGGCUGUCAGAAAUGAAGAAUUUUGGGUAUUCUAAAUAAUGCUCAUAACUAUGUAAAUCGCAAGCUGAAAUCCCUUGGCACAAUGUGCCCUGAUUAUUUCAAGACUCUCAACAUAUGUCUGAAUAUGACAGGCAGUUCAAAUGCUGUUUCCAAGCAGCCCAAAAAGGCUACAUUUGCCAAAUUACUCUGGUUGCACAAUGCUGGCCCAGCUGUAGGCUAGUUGGGGAUGAAAGAGGGUGAUAAUCAAGGCAUUAAAUACAUUCAGGGUUCAUAUUUUGUGUUUACCCACACCAUUUACCAAAAACCACAUUGAAAAUCUAUUACAGUGCACCAAAUGAAGUAACUUUGCUGACAUUUCAACACUGUUAGCUUACAGAAUGGCAAUCCUAUCUUCUCCCAUCUAGACAGGUUGAGCAGUAUGAUUUCCUUGGAUGCUGUCUUGUUAUCUGUGCCUAUUCCUCUCUUCGUAGACUUUCUUGUUUUACCUCUUUAGUCUGAAACGUGUCCUCCUGUACUGCAACUUUGUGUUGUAUUAAGGUAGCCAGAAGUCUGAUCUGCCACAGGUAUUCCCAAGAAAUUGCAUGCUUUCGAAAAUUGUUUGUCACUCCUUUUUUUGUUAGAUAACAUUUUUCCCCAGCCGUCUGCUGAUAGUGUUCAGCUGAAAGUUACAUUGUAAGGAACACUUGGAGUCUGUAGUACCACAGUAAAGAAAUAAAUUCAGUUGAAACUCAGCACGACACAUAAACGAGAGAAUCAUUCUUUCCCUUCUUAGCUCUGAAAUGAGCUAGCGACAUCUUCUGUGGCACUGCUGUGGGACAGAAGUGUUUAAAGUCCAUCUCAAUUAUGUUUUCAUGUACUGCAAAGAUAUUUAAUGUAGUCUCGGCUUGGCUUUUUUUUUUCUAUUUAUGUGCAAAUAAAUUCUAACAGGCUGGUAUAAAACACAUUCCCGGGUUAAUGAGCUGAGCAUGUGUUAAGGAAGCACACUGUGAAGUUCUAGAGGCUUCACGUGAAAGAAUAACAAGGCCAGCAGGAUUCUGAAGGCUUCACAUCAUCAGUUUAUACAGCCAUGUAUAAAUAGCCAUAAACUGGUUGAGAUCAAUGACAUUAUUACCAUUUGAAUCUCUCACAUUCUGGCUAAAAGUUCCCUAAGGGGCUAAAGGUUUAUUAAGGUCUCUUGAGGACUGAAUGUAUGAUUUCUGUUGGAACUGGAGGAACACUUUAGUGUUCUGUUGUCUUCCUUGUUUGACUUGCUUUGACAUGCUGCUUUGGUAUCUGUGUCCAUCAGUUAAGACUUCAGGUACCUGAGAUGUUUUGUUCUUGUUUUUCUUUGCGGAAACUUGCAUAUAAUCUGAAAAACCCCGAAAGUUUAUUCAAAGAACUUAAAAAAAAUAUAUUAUUUACAGUUAAAGAAUUGGAAAGCAGACUCUACUCACAUAAGAAAUUGAGAAAAAGUCAUCUUUAUAAAUGGAAGGGAGUAACAGAAGAAUAACAGGUGCUGAAAUCCUGCUCACUUCUUAAUAUUUGGAUCUCAGGAUACCCUUUUUCGUAAGAGGGAAGGAAAGUAGACACACAUAAUAGGGAGAGCUGUUUUUUAAGUGGAAGUUAAUGAACACUUGAGUAAAAGUACUGGAUGUAUCCAAUGACUGGCAUUUCCAUCUACUCUUUUGUGUCAAAGUCUAUAUUGUCAACAGAAAGACGUGUUGUCUGGAAAGAAAUGUGGUACACAGUGACCCGUACCAUCACCCCAGUGAUCCUCACAGAAGAGGCACUGCCUGUCCUGUUUACUCAUCACUAGGUGGAUGUUUCUGACUCUAAUCAUAUCCUUUCAAGCCCCAUUCCAACAAAAUGCUUAACGAACCUAGUAACUUCUCACAUCUGCAUUGUCUCAUGGGAAUCAAAGGAACAACUCAUGUAUUCUAAGUCCAGGCUUAAGUGCUUUGCUGGGAGAGGACUGUAUUGCCUACAGGAAGACUGAGAUGUUGGCUGUCUAAACAGACUCAGAGACUGUAUUGAGAAGCUCGUUUGCUUUAGGUUGGUCACUAGCGAUCUCAGAUUAAUCUUUUUGAAUCGCAAAAUGCUUCUGAUGAGGGGAAGAGGAGAAUGAAAAUCAAGGAUGGACUUGAGUGUAUAUUUUUCUGCAUAUUUACUGUUGCUUUCCAUAGUUGCUUGUGUUGUCUGCCUAGUUUUGGUAAGGCAAAAUGAACUUUCUGUGUUGUUUGUUUUUUUCCAUACCAGAAAUGCCAAUCCAGGGCUGCUUUACAUUUGAACAAAGUCAACAUUUAUUUUUACUUUCCAAGCUAAGCAGGAAAGGAUCUUAAUAUUUUAUUAGAGUAUGACUUUAUUCUUUUGUUUUCUGCUCUGUGACAAUCAUAUUCAGGAAUGGUAACAAAGAGCAGAGGGAGAGACUUAAGGUGCAGUGAUGGUGUUUCCAGACAGAGCUCCUCAGAAAAUGUGUGUGAGGAGGGUGCAAAUGGCAGGCAUACCUCUUUCUGCAGCUUUGCACCACCUUCUACUUUGCCUCUGCUCACUGAGCUUCAGAUUCAGUCUCAUUUGGUGGCUGUCUGGGAAAGAAGGUUACUUGUGUUUGUUCUGCAUAGUGCAGGAGAGUCCCCCAGCACUGCUGGAUUGGUUAUCAGCUCCUCAUUGGUGUUAAGUUAGUUCUGUGCGUAGUUUUUGAUGUCUGUGGGAUUUGUUUUGAUGUUCCUUGAUCUUAACACAGCAGAAGCUGGCUUGAGCCCAGCAUUUUCUGUCCCAGUCUGGCAGUAGAACUACUCUGGUGUAUUCAGAGAGCAUUUUGAAGUACAUCAGCUGUCUUGAGUUGAAUGUGAUGUAAGCAAAAGUUUGAAUGCUUUCCCAAACAGAAUAGUUCUCUUGAUGGGUGUUUGUUUUGGGCCAAGCUUUGUGAGUUGGUAUGAACAUGACUGAGAAGGACAUCAGCUGCAGCAGCAGCAGUGAGGCAGAGCUUCCUUCUAAAUGCAUAGGUAGAAUCUGAGGUGCAGGUGGCCAGUCGCAGCAUUGGCCUGCUUGUUAGGGUCCAGGUGUGAAAUAAGAGGAAAUUACAUGCAUGCUGCUUUUAACUCUGGAUACCAUGAUUUGGCCAAUGAAAUUCGGGUUUUUAUCAUCAACUGGAUAGUGGUUUUGGGGAUGGUUUAUGUCACAGAACCAUAGCUGUCUAAAAAUGAGAAGCCCAGUCUGAGUUAAUCAUCUACUUUUCUCUGUAAUAAAAGGAAAGAAAUGACUAUGGACCUGAGCCCUGAGGUAGGCAUUUUUCCUAGUCACUUGAAUUCUGGGCUGUAUGGUGAGUUUUAUUGUAGCAGAUGCCACAUUUGAAGUCAUGCCUGUUCCCAGGACUAUUCGAGGCAGUGUCAGCUUGAGGAAGCCUGGAUCCUGGUUACACCAGUGUGGUUCCAAUUUUUGCAAUGAUCCUGAAGUGGAUAAAUUGAAAUGUUUGCAGUGUAAUUCAGCUUCCUGGACUUACUGAGCAGUAGUUUAUGCAUUUUUUUCUGAUUUUCCAAGCUUCUUCUCUAGUUAAUGGGGACUAGUCGGGCAGCUACAGAGGAAAUCCUUCACAAUGAACUUAGCAUCUCCUUUGUGGUCUUUCUUAGGCAUGUGUUUUGAGCACUAGCAGAAGGUUUGGAAUUAGAUAGUGUGACAAGAAGUGAGUAUGGUUUGUCCUCAGGGAGGUGUGUAGCAUUUUCAGGGAUCAACUCCUACUUGCCUUGUUCUUAAGUAAUGGUUUUCAUAAUAGAUAAAGAGAUUGUUGUAACAUAUCCCGCAAGUGGUUUUAUAACCCAGGGUAUCAUUUGCAUAUUACACGUCCAAAAGUUUCAGGUUGAGCCUGCAAGCAUUCACAAGUUUCCUUUUCAUUCUGCGCCCAUGUUAGCAUAUUUCUGUUGCUGUGCACAUUUCACAUAGAGUUUGGGAAGGAGUAAUGGGACAGCAGAGCACAAAUUCUAGCUUCAUUGCUUUUAUUAUUUGGAAAUCUUACGGUGAACUGUAACUUUAUGCAGUUGUUAACUCUAGAGCCUUCCUGUAAGAGAUUUAUGUUUGAGUUGAGACCCAUUGCCAACACAGUAAAACAAAGAGUGACCAGUCAAAAUACAUGUCUUUUGGCACAAGAAAUCGCCAGGUCUCAGCCCGCCAGCCUGCAUUCUCUGUAUUGUUUAUGCCUUCAAGGUACAUCAAGAUUUUGUCAACCAAUUUUCCUUCUGGGGGCUCCAUGCAGCUCAGCCCAUGCUUACCAAUUGCUUGUGUCCUUACCACUACAUAUUUGUAGUUGCUAUCAAUCUGGGGUGUAAAAAUGAGCUGCUUGGGAACAGUGCGAGGUAGUCAGAGGUGGAAGGAUGACUUUCAGAUUUCUUUGAGCUAUAGAAUACCUAAUGUGAUGGAUCUAUGGGUGUGCUUUACUCUUUCAGGAAGAAAAUCUAAAAUGUCUUUUUAAGUGGGUUACAAGACAACACGGAGAUCUUUAUUUUUAAGGUUGACAGGGUUUUUUACUUCAGUGGCAUCUGUGAUGUCUUUUUUCCCAACCUGAUUGAAGCUUACUUUAGUAGCCCAUUUAGGGUAAUGGUUACACAGACUCCUUUCUAUUACUUCCAAAAAAACAGUUUUCCUGGCCUCAAUGAUAAUUGUACCAACCUUUACAAAUGUGACUUAGUGAUAAGCAUUUUUAAAAAAAUGGGGGGGAAAAAUGCUCUUAAAUUAUGAUAAACGUGAAUGGAAUUUAAGGAAAAGAUUACACUGAUUCUCUCUAAAAGGAAGACAAGUCCUGUAGUAUAGCCAGGCCUUUACCUGUGUCAGUAAAGAUUUGUGAAAUACCUUAUCAGAGUCAGUUGACCUUACUGUGAGAUACUGCCCUUGAAUCUGUUACUGAAUUAUUUAACGUCUGUUCUUUUGUUUUCAAAGCAAGAGUCAAUGCAAGGUAUCAUUUUAAAUCAGCGUGCUAAAGUGUGCAUAUUCUGUAUAUCUAAUAUGUCAUUGUUGUCUCCUGUUUCUGUAAUGCAUUUGCAUUACUAUGAAUCAAUUUUAUUACGCUUCUCUAGAGACUAUUGCUGCCUGCACGCUGUGAUAUAUUUGCACUGUUGUAGAUAUAUAUAUACAUACAUAUAUAUAAUUAUAUUAUAUAAACCAUGUCUUUUUCAGGUUGCUUGUUACCUUUGUAGUUUAUGCUUUACAAGUACAGUGGACUUGAGUAAAAAUGUGGGAUGUGGGGCAUUCUGAGGACAUAUUACAAUAAUAGAGAAAUCUUUGUAUAUUUCUGUAUACUUAAUACCCUUAAGAAGAGAAUUUGUAUGUGCAUUAUUUUCAAAUUAGGGCUUUGUUUUCUGAGACUAGAGAACAUUUAUGAUAAUGUAAAAACAACAACAAAAAAAUCAAAUAAAGUGUUGUUAUUUUCA